AUGUCGGUGCAGUCUAAUCCUUAUGGUCCAAAUCCAUCCGAUUUCCUUUCCAACGUCAACAAGUUCGAACUAAUAGAAAGUACCUUGCGUGAAGGAGAGCAAUUUGCCAAUGCCUUCUUCACCACUGAGAAAAAGAUUGAAAUAGCCAAGGCUUUGGACGACUUCGGUGUUGACUAUAUCGAGUUGACUUCGCCCGUAGCUUCAGAGCAAAGCAGAAAAGAUUGCGAGGCCAUUUGCAAAUUGGGAUUGAAGGCCAAAAUCUUGACCCACAUUCGAUGCCACAUGGAUGACGCCAGGGUCGCUGUUGAGACCGGUGUCGAUGGGGUCGAUGUUGUUAUUGGUACUUCGCAGUUUUUGAGAAAAUACAGUCAUGGUAAGGACAUGAACUAUAUUGCUCAGUCCGCGAUCGAGGUGAUUGAAUUUGUCAAGUCUAAAGGUAUUGAAAUCCGGUUUAGUUCCGAGGACAGUUUCAGAUCCGACAUCGUUGACUUGUUGAACAUUUACCGUACUGUUGACAAGAUUGGCGUGAAUAGAGUCGGUAUCGCUGAUACUGUUGGGUGUGCUAACCCUAGACAAGUUUACGAGUUGGUCAAGACGUUGAAAUCGGUUGUCUCUUGUGACAUUGAGUGCCAUUUCCACAAUGACACCGGUUGUGCUAUUGCUAAUGCUUACACGGCAUUGGAAGCUGGGGCCAAAUUGAUUGAUGUUUCGGUGUUGGGCAUUGGUGAACGUAAUGGUAUCACCCCCUUGGGGGCAUUGAUGGCAAGAAUGAUCACUGCUGAUCGCGACUAUGUGCUUUCCAAAUACAAAUUGCAUAAAUUGAGAGACUUGGAGAAUUUGGUGGCCGACGCCGUGCAGGUGAAUGUUCCAUUCAACAACCCAAUAACAGGGUUCUGUGCAUUCACACACAAGGCAGGCAUCCACGCCAAGGCUAUAUUGGCCAACCCUUCAACUUACGAGAUUUUGAACCCUAGCGAUUUCGGAUUAACGAGAUACAUUCAUUUUGCCAACAGGUUGACUGGAUGGAACGCGAUCAAAUCGAGAGUUGACCAGUUGAACUUGCAUUUAACCGAUGACCAAGUCAAGACCGUUACCGAGAAAAUCAAGAAAUUGGGCGAUGUGAGACAGUUGAACAUUGAUGAUGUCGACUCCAUCAUCAAGGACUUCCACGCUGACUUGGCUACUCCUGCCGUUAGACCUGUCACUACCGGUCACGGCGAGCGCGACGUUGAAGUUUUGCCCGACGACGAAUUGGCUGCUAAAAAGAGAAAAUUGGACGAAUAA